CACAAGCCGGUCGCUUUCGCCUUAGCGCUUGGCUUCGCGCAUGUGCAGUGGAGAGUGGCGUGAGCCAGCCGCUUCCGGGCGAAGAACACGAUGCAAGGGGAGCCAAACCCUAGUGCUUCCCUUAUUGACAGAACCAUCAAGAUGAGAAAAGAAACAGAAGCUAGGAAAGUGGUUUUAGCCUGGGGACUCCUAAAUGUAUCUAUGGCUGGAAUGAUAUAUACUGAAAUGACUGGAAAAUUGAUUAGUUCAUAUUAUAAUGUGACACACUGGCCCCUCUGGUAUAUAGAGCUUGCCCUUGCAUCUCUCUUCAGCCUAAAUGCUUUAUUUGAUUUUUGGAGAUAUUUCAAGUACACUGUGGCACCAACAAGUCUGGUUGUUAGCCCUGGACAGCAAACACUUUUAGGGUUAAAAACAGCUGUUGUACAGACUACUCCUCCACGUGAUCUGGCAGCACCCCAAAUCCCUCCCUCUCCACCUUCUCCUUCAAUUCAGGGUCAGAGUGUAUUAAGUUAUAGCCCAUCUCGCUCACCCAGUACCAGCCCCAAGUUCACCACCAGCUGUAUAACUGGAUACAGCCCUCAGCUACAAGGUCUGUCAUCAGGUGGCAGUGGUUCUUAUAGCCCUGGAGUGACCUACUCCCCCAUCAGUGGUUAUAACAAGUUGGCCAGCUAUAGUCCCUCUCCAUCUUCUCCAUACCCUACCACUGUUGGACCAGUGGAGAACAGUGGAUUGAGAUCUCGCUACCGUUCUUCACCCACCGUCUACAACUCCCCUACUGACAAAGAAGACUACAUGACAGACCUACGAACCUUGGAUACUUUUCUUAGAAGUGAAGAAGAGAAACAGCAUAGAGUUAAGCUGGGAAGCCCAGAUUCUACUUCACCUUCCACCAGUCCUACUUUCUGGAACUACAGUCGUUCUGUGGGGGAUUAUGCACAAACUUUAAAGAAGUUUCAGUAUCAGCUUGCCUGUAGGUCUCAGGCCCCAUGUGCUAACAAAGAUGAAGCUGAUCUCAGUUCUAAACAAGCUGCAGAGGAGGUCUGGGCAAGAGUGACUAUGAAUAGACAACUUCUUGAUCAUAUGGAUUCAUGGACAGCCAAGUUCAGAAAUUGGAUCAAUGAGACAAUAUUAGUGCCCCUUGUACAAGAGAUUGAGUCUGUCAGCACACAAAUGAGGCGAAUGGGUUGUCCAGAGCUGCAAAUAGGAGAGGCUAGUAUUACUAGCUUGAAGCAGGCUGCUCUGGUCAAAGCUCCACUCAUUCCAACUCUAAAUACAAUCGUGCAGUAUCUAGACCUCACGCCAAAUCAGGAAUACUUGUUUGAAAGGAUCAAAGAACUUUCUCAAGGAGGCUGUAUGAGCUCAUUUCGAUGGAAUAGAGGUGGAGACUUCAAAGGCCGCAAGUGGGAUACAGACCUGCCCACUGAUUCUGCUAUCAUCAUGCAUGUGUUUUGUACCUACCUUGAUUCCAGACUACCUCCACAUCCUAAAUACCCUGAUGGAAAAACAUUUACUUCUCAGCACUUUGUUCAGACACCAAAUAAACCAGACGUGACAAAUGAGAAUGUUUUUUGCAUUUAUCAGAGUGCUAUCAACCCUCCCCAUUAUGAGCUAAUCUACCAGCGUCAUGUCUACAGUCUUCCAAAGGGCCGAAAUAAUAUGUUUCAUACAUUGUUAAUGUUCCUCUACAUCAUAAAGACCAAAGAGUCAGGAAUGCUUGGGAGAGUUAAUCUUGGUCUAUCCGGUGUGAAUAUUUUGUGGAUUUUUGGCGAGUAGUGGGUCAUUUAAUUCCAAACUUUUGGACUUUAUUUGACUGAAUCAGAAGUUGAAUCUAAGUAUCUCUGAGUCACUGCCUCUUCUGAAAUAAGAUACAUAUGUGUAUGUUUCAGACUCUUUAGAUUUAACAAAAAAUUAGCUAUUAUGAAACUUCUUUGUAAAAGUAUGCCCUAUAUCUUCUACACCAAGAAACAUUACUUUAUCAUUUCAGAAAAAAACUGCAACCCUUCAGAUUUUUGUUGGCCAAAACAGUGCAGUUCCCCCUUAAUUGAGUCCUUCUUCACUGUAACCCCCCAAAUGAGAAUCAUCCGCCUGAUUCCUCCCCACAAAAAUUGUUUUUUCAGUUGAGUUAUUUAGUAUAAAUAAUUUUUUUAAAAAAGCAAAUUGCUGGGCUUCCCUGGUGGCGCAGUGGUUGAGAAUCUGCCUGCUAAUGCAGGGGACACGGGUUUGAGCCCUGGUCUGGGAAGAUCCCACAUGCCGCAGAGCAACUAGGCCCGUGAGCCACAACUACUGAGCCUGCGCGUCUGGAGCCUGUGCUCCGCAACGAGAGGCCACGAUAGGCCCGCGCACCGCGAUGAAGAGUGGCCCCCACUUGCCGCAGCUAGAGUAAGCCCUUGCACAGAAACGAAGACCCAACACAGCCAAAAAUAAAUAAAUAAAUAAAUAAAUAAUAAUUUUAAAAAAAGAGAACUUUGUAAGGUAGCAAUUUCUGUCUUUCCAAUGUAUCCUUUAAAAAAAAAAAAAAAGCAAAUUGCUUAUUUUUUUUUAAUGUUUAUAUUACCCCAGUGUUCAACAAAUUAGCCCAAGGCCCAUAUUUUAAAAAAUAAGAUAAACUUUUAAAUAAUAGUUCAUGUGCAUUUAAAAAAUAUUAUUGGAAGAGGUUUGACGGUAUUAAUGUUUAAAAAGUCAACUCUUGAUGAAGUUCACAGUCUUGAACAUGGUUUGAAAGAUGCUGCCUGAUCUUCCCUCUGCCCCCCUUGCCCCUGCCUCCACUCCAGUCUUGCCUUGCCCCUCUCCUUCCGUGCCCCAGCCACACUGGCGCUCUCUCAGCUCUCAUCCCAGGGCCUCCGUGCACUCCCGCUGCCUGAGACACUCCGGCCCCACUCUUGGUCUAGCCAACCCUCCUCAGCACCCUUCUAGGCUCUGCCUAAAUAUUGCUUUCCCAGAGAAGCUCUCCCUCCCCCCACUCCUUCCAUUCCCACCUCCCGCAGAUCCCCUGACUGUUUUCUCUCUUGGUACCUUUCACCUUUGCUUCAUAUCACCGACCAUGGUUUGAAAUCACAUAGGCACGUGCAUUUCUUUAUAUGUCUCUCUAAACCUGUGCUGUUCAAUACAGCAGCUACCUGAGGCUGUUAAGCACUUGAAACAUGCCUAGUCCAAAUUGUGAUGCGCCAUAAGUGUAAAAUCACACCACUUUCAAAGACUUGAUAGGAAUAAAAGACUGUAAACUAAAAAAUAAAUAACUAUAAAAAUAAAAAGUCAACUCUUGGAUUAAAUUUAGCUGAUAGAAUUAAACUAUUUAGGUCUUAGUUAAGAGGCUGAAGACAUCAAGAAAACAAUUGCCUUGGUUUUAAUAACUCAGUUUCACUGUUCCAUAAUAUUGUAUUGAGUUCCCUUCUUUAAGAUAUGAUAUCUUAUCUGUUUAAAUUUUUUAGAUAUGUUCAAAAUAUCUGGAGAGUAAGAAAUUACCAAGUUUGUAAGUUUUGCUUGACUCUCCAUCUUUAUUUUCUUACAUGUAUAUGUAGUAUAUCUAAGGCUAGUCAGCAAUUGCAUGUAUUUUCUGGGUUGACAUGUUACUAGAGAGUGCUUUACCUGGAAACAACUAAAACUAGUAUUUUCUCAAUAACUCCGUGUCAGUAUUACAUAUGCAGCUCAUUUUGUAUAAUUUGUAAAUCUUGUUCCUGUUUUUUAAAAGUCAGAUGUCCAAAGGAAAGGAAGUUUCUAUCUUUUAACUGCUUUUGAUGUAUGUUAAAUUUGUUUGUUAUGAUAAA